AUGGCGGGCGGAGCCGCCGGAGGCGUGGCUGCCACCGGCGAUCCGCACCUUCAAAACGUUCACGGCGAGCGGUUCGAUUUAAUGAAGCCGGGCAAACAUGUUCUGAUAAACAUCCCUCGAGGAGUGAGCGCUGAUGACGCAUUGCUUCAUGUGCAGGCCGAUGCGCGCCGAUCGGGUGGAAGUUGUUCGGAUAUGUACCUCAAAGAACUGAACAUUACAGGCUCUUGGGCAGAGGCUAAGCAAGCCGGAGGGUAUCACUGCAGCGGACGGCAAAGCUCCGCGACGAUUCCGCAGUGGGUUGCUGUUGGUCCGGUCGAGCUGAAAGUCGUCCAUGGACGCACAGAGAGUGGCAUCUGGUAUUUGAAUUUGCACGUGAAGCAUUUGGGGCGAUCAGGGUUUGCCGUCGGAGGCUUGCUGGGGGAAGACGACCACAAAGAGGUGAUGACUCCCCCAGCGUCUUGUACCAAGCGCACCUCUUUGCAAGAAGUGGUGACGAGUGGCCAGGCUCCUUCCCCCGAGUCGCCAGUUGCAACCGCAACCUUUGCGUGA